CCUCUUUCACCUUCAAACAAAAUGAAAACAACCCUCUUGUUCACCGGAAUAUUCCUCGCCGGAAUCCUCCUCCUGCAGCCGGUUACAUCCCAGAAUUGUAACUGUGCUCAGAACUUGUGUUGUAGCAAGUAUGGUUACUGUGGCACCGGAGACGCUUAUUGCGGAAACGGUUGUCAAGGUGGCCCGUGUUUUCAACCUCCUCCUACAAAUAAUGCCGACAUCCCCGGUAUAGUGUCGCCGGCAUUUUUUAACGGGAUUGUUGCCAAAGCUACAGGCAACUGUCUGGGGAGAGGUUUUUACACACGGGACGCGUUUCUUAAUGCCGUCAAAAGCUACCCACGUUUCGGUACAUCAGGUUCGGUUGCGGAUUCGAAACGUGAAAUCGCUGCUUUCUUUGCUCACGUUACUCACGAGACCGGAUUCUUUUGUUACAGAGAAGAAAUAGAUCGUUCAAACAAGUACUGCGAUCAGACCAACAACCAAUAUCCAUGCAACCCUAGCAAGAGUUAUCACGGGAGAGGUCCGCUGCAAAUCACAUGGAACUACAAUUACGGUCCAGCCGGGCAGAGCCUUGGGUUUGAUGGACUCAACGACCCCGAGAUCGUGGCUAGAGAUCCUGUGAUUUCAUUCAAGACCGCUUUGUGGUUCUGGAUGAACAGGGUUCAUCAAGAUUUUGCUUCUGGUAAAGGGUUUGGAGCUACAAUCCGAGUUGUCAAUGGGAUGGAAUGCAACGGUGGGAACCCCAGCACCGUGAACGCUCGUGUCAGGUAUUACACCGAUUACUGCAAUCAAUUUGGUGUCGAAACUGGCCCUAACCUUAGGUGCUAGACUUCGGUCAUGUUACCAUGUGUAAACCUACACCGGCUUGGCUUAUACGGUUUUUCAUCAGUGAAAACCGACACCAAUCUGGCUAAUACAGUAUGUUUUCAAUUUUUGUAGUAUGUGAAAAUAGACGUUCUCUUUCACUUUCGUAUUUCAGUCUGUUGAAAUAAAGACUGUAAUAAUAAAAAAGCACUGCUUAACGUG